CUCUUACGUUCGUUUCGUACACCAAAGUUUGUUAUAUUUUUUUUGUUUUGUUCUUGUGUGUUUAAUUUUAUAUGCUAAAAUUCUGUGCAGCCUAGUAAUUUCUUUUAUUCUUUUUUUCCUAACUCGUCAGGAUGUUUAAGAUACUGGGGAUACUGGGUGUUGUGAUAGUUUGGUGCGAUGGUUUGGUAAUUGGUUACAAUGGUGGUCACCAUCACGCUCCAUUAGCUGACUACGCAUUGGAGGAUUAUCACGAUGGUCAUGCAAUUUUACCGACCGUAGCAGUACCUAUUCACGCAGUAUCGGCAGCACCACUUCAUCACCACGUGUUAUCUGCUGAACACCACGAUCUCCACCACGUUAAGCCUUACCAUCACCACGAUCACGAGCCUGAGCAUGACUAUUACGCUCAUCCGAAAUACACCUUUAACUAUGGAGUUCACGACCCGCACACCGGUGAUGUAAAGACGCAACACGAGGUGCGUGAUGGUGACGUAGUUCAUGGCUCGUACAGUGUAAAUGAGCCUGAUGGUAGUGUGAGAAUUGUCGAGUAUACAGCUGAUGAUCAUAAUGGAUUCAAUGCUGUUGUCAAGAAGGUUGGACCACAACUUCAUCCUCAUCCCAUACCUAAAUUUGUAGCACAUGCGCCUGAGUAUUACGGAUACGAGCAUCUUCCUUAGACGACUUUAAUUUGAAAUAAUCGAUGCAAGUAAAGUUUUACGGAGUGUGGAACAGAGGUACACAAUGAAAUGCUCUGAAAGGCUUAUACAGUCAGCCAAUUAUAACGAAUAAAUGUUUAUUUUGCUUGAUUAGGUUAGUCUGGUAUUGAUGUUUGUGUCAAUUAAACGCAGAGUAUUGACUUUUUGACAAUUUUGUUAAGUAGAUUUUAAGGAGUGAUUAUUUUACUUGUGAAAAAAGUUAUGGCGUUAAUAUGUUUAUAUUUUCAAUAGGACAGUGGCUUUACUCCGUUAAAUCUAGAUUGAGUUGGUGAAAAUUCUAUCGACUUCAUUGUGUAUUCUCUGCAAAAUUUAAAUUCAAAUUGUGAAAAAGUUAGCAAUCAGUGAGAUUACCCUUGGAAAAUAUUUUUUUGUGUUGUAAUUCUUAAUGAUCUCUUAGAUGUGGAAAAUUAAGCACGUCUAACUCAAUUUGGUUUUUGUGUGAAAUUAUAAAUACUUAAGUUAAAAUGUAAAUGUAAUCUGUUAACAUAAAAAUCAAAUUCAAGAUCAUAAGAUGACGUAAAAUUAAAAAAAAAGUAAUACUCCUUUUCUUAAAAAGUAAAAGAAAGUGUUCAACAUGAACAGUUCAUCUUACAUCUACGAGAAAGUGGAUACAGCAUCAAAGCGUAUCACUCCAUGCGAUUUCAUUAGCGAAGCAAUUUCACGUCACGAGUUACUGAAUACACUUUCCGCUAUACUCGUUUCUGCUUUGAAUUUUUUAUUUUCAUAACUUAUCUUAUCGACAAAGUGUGAGAACACUUUUCAAUCGAACUUAUCCAAGCCUAACAAUACGUAAAGGUUUCGUAGAUAAAGUAUUUAAUUUAUAAAUAAACGAUUAAAAUACUAUGUAAUUUUGUUUACAAUAAGAAAGUUUUUUUUUUACUUUGGUGUACAGAGUGUACGAUUAUCUUCAAUCUAUUAUAUACAUAAAAAAAUAAAACUAACGUAUAUCAACUAUAUUACGACACGGUUUACGUCGACGUAUUAAUGAACGAAUUGCAUUAGUAUUGAUCGAUCAAUAUAUGCGACUCUACACUUUAGCCGCCUGCGCAGAAAGAAUAUAAGAGAGGAAGACAUUGGACGAUGCGCAUUUACUCAUGUAAUUAAUACGGUAUUACACUAUAUAUAUAUAAGCAAUUACAUACAUCAAAGAGAAAAUAAAAAUAUUGUAUUUUUGUAAAGCUUAUACAAACUUGUCAUGACAUAUCAAUAAAAACCACAAAAAUUCAUUUACCUUUGUUACAUCCGUCAUGAGUCACAUUUAAUAUUAUUACAUUUAAAGAUAGUUCACACAAUUAAUACAAGGUGAGUAUGAAUGACGUGGAUAUAAAUUAAUUACAUGUAUGAGAAUCGCGACCACUCGUAAUAAUUUCUUGUUAUUGGAAAAUUGUCUUAAAAUAGUUUGGUAUAAGAUUAGUUAAAAAUACAGCCAAAUGAAAGAAUCUUUCGAAGCCAAAUGUACAGACGAUUCCACGUAUACACUUAUCCCUUUUGCAGUCCUUUCAACCAAACCGACAAACGCAUAUACUACGAGUAAAAUUAUAAU